GUAUCGACAGGUUCCUAUACCUACGUAGCGCUGAACACUCUGCUCGGCAGUACAGUUUUAGAGCACGCACCAAUUAGGUGGUGGUAGGUGGACUUCAGUAACAACAAUCCAGACAACCGUGGCCCCCCGAAACCGUUGGAAUUUUUUCUUGGUCGAUCAACUAGCGGCAAGACUCGCAAUGGCAACAGUACCAGUCUAUUCACCCGUAGUUCCAUUUUUGGGCCUUGUACCGGGUGGCCUCCGUCAUGGAUCGAUGGUGCGGAUCAAAGGCAUUAUCAACAAUCAUGGAGAACGGUGCCAGAUCAAUAUACAAACUGGAGCUGCCCUGAAUCCACGCGAUGACGUCACGUUGCACAUCAGCAUUCGGCCCAAUGAGGCGGCGAUCGUUCGUAACACGCUCCAAAACCAGGUGUGGGGCGCUGAGGAACGUUACGGCGGCUGCCCCAUCAGCUAUGGCCAGUCGUUCGACGUGUUGGUGCUGGUCGAGGUGAAUCAGUACAAGAUCGCAAUCAACGGAGUGCAUUUCUGUAUGUUCAAUCAUCGUCUGCCGGUGCAUUCGGCCAGAUACGUUUCGAUCAGCGGUGGCUGUGUGAUCCAUUCGAUUACGACGGAAAUGGACACGGCUGGAUCCGUGCCACCGUAUCCAGGGACUGCCGGAUCGGUGGGUCCUCAACCGCCACCAUAUGUACCCCCAGCCUAUCCACCGAACUUGUCAGGAAGUCAGAUUGGAUUCGUACCGACACCGCCACCAAUGCCCCCGCCUCCGCCGUACACUCCGACACCAGGCUAUCCCAUUGGCAACACCGGCCACUAUCCAGGAGCUCCACCUUAUGUUCCACCAUUCGGGGGCUAUCCGCAUCAACCAAGCUACCCACCAGCAACCCCUUACUCGUCAUCGCAACCGACAGCGCCCCCUACAUCAUCGAUGGUCAGUAGUAUGCAGGCCACGACGACUUCUAUCAAUCAACCGAAAACCACUGUGAAAGAUUCGGUCAUCAGUGGAAUACAGCAAACGAAAAACUUCUUGCAUGAUGCUAUCUACGGUAAGACAACCACCACGCCGUCCUAUCCACAGCAACCACCGAUGCAGCAAGUGCCCAGCAACCUUCCAUCCUAUCCAUCUCAACCAGCUGCUUAUCCAUCGCAACAGCCUUAUGGUUCGCAGUUUACUUCUGUAGCUUACCCUCAGCUAUCCGGUCAACAGUAUAACAACCCUCCACAGCAGCAGAGACCGCCUUCAGGUGGCAUUCUCGGGCCCGGUACAGGGAUUGCAGCCACAGCUUUGGCAGCUGGAACGACCGCCGUUCUGAUGCAUAAGCUUCCCAAAAAGGCCAAAAAGUCUAAAAAAUUAAUGAAAUAUGCAGCUGGAGCUGGAAUGCUGGGCCUCGGUGGAUAUGCAAUCGGCAAGGGACUCCGCCGCCGUGGAAGCAGUAGUAGUAGUAGCAGCAGUGAUAGUGAUUAAAGGAAUUAUGAUUAUUUAAUAAAACUAUGGAGAUGGAUAGUAUCGUA